GCGUUACCAUGACUGUGCUAUUAAUGUUCAAUGCCCGCUCCAGUGGCCCAUUGUCUGUCAAACAUUAACCAUUGUCUAAAAAGAUCAGCUGAGAAAAAAUCUAGAAUCUGGUACUUAAUUAUUUCUCUACGUCUGACUCAGCAAGGUUUGUUGUGCAGACCUGAACUCAUCUGACAUUUCAGUUGUUGUUUUUUAUCUCAUUGCCUCCAGCGUUUUGCUCAGUAGUUGUUCAGAAAAGAGAAUGAAAAUACAUGUAAUUCGCUUCAGGUUCUGACUCCAAAACAGGCAUUUUCUGAAGCGUUUUUACUUUCUGAAAACCCCCUCCUUGUGAAUUUCAGGCGGUUAUGUCGACGCGGACUAUCGAGGUGAAAGCUGCUGAUCAGCAAGAUAUGGCAGUGGAAGAGCCCGAAACCCAUGCCGCAAAUAAUAGCGGCCAUCCCGACACACCACCCCCACCCUACGAUGAAACGGUCGAGGUUGCCAUCGUGAGCAAUGGCAAGGGUGGGCCCGCACCAAAGAAGAACGGGGAGGUCCUGCAGAACGGCGAGCCAUCCAAGCGCAAGGGCAGCCAAGAAGACGACAAAGAUGACAAGAAAGAAAAGAAGGAGGAAGUCGAACCAGUUAGCGUCAUCAGCUUGUACCGUUUUGCCAACGCGUUGGAUAUUCUCAUUACGCUGCUGGCUGUGUUGUUCUCCAUCGCACAAGGCAUGUCCUUCCCCCUUCUCCUGCUGUACUUCGGCGACAUCACCGACACUCUGAUCGGCUCGGUGGAUUUGGGCGGCACAAAUUCCACCGCCACCCCCGAGCAGCUUCGAGAUGCCUUCAUAUCCGAAAUCGUCAGAUUCUGCGUCAUCUACGCCAUUCUGGGCGUGGCCGUGAUGGUAGUGGCCUACUUUGCCCACUCCCUGUGGAACACCACGGCCGCGCGCCAAAUGUUCAAGAUACGUCAGCGGUUCUUUCAGGCCAUCCUCCGUCAGGAGAUCGGCUGGUUUGACACCCACGAGAGCGGAGAGCUGAACACGCGACUGUCCGACGACGUGGAGAAGAUCAAAAACGGGAUUGGGGACAAGGUGGGCCAGUCCCUGUACAUGCUGACUGUCUUCGUAGGGGGGAUCGCCUUGGGCUUCGUCAAGAGUUGGAAGCUGACACUAGUCAUCCUGGCCAUCUCGCCGUUGGUCGUCCUCAGUACCUUCCUCAUGACCAAAAUUCUGCAAACUCUCUCGCAGAAGGAACUCCAGUGCUACGCCAAGGCUGGAGCCAUCGCGGAAGAAGUUCUGUCUUCCAUCCGAACUGUGGUGGCCUUCGGCGGCCAGGCAAAAGAAGUCGACAGGUAUUCUUACAGGCUGACGGAAGCCAAAUCGCAAGGUAUUAAGAGAAACGUCGCCCAGGCUGCCGGUAUCGGCGUGGUGUAUAUGGUCAUGUUUGGCGCCUACGGCUUGGCUUUCUGGUACGGCACAAAGCUAUUUUUGGACAACGAGCUCGCCCCUGGAGACAUCCUAGUGGUGUUUUUCUCCGUGCUGUUUGGGGCCUUCUCCUUGGGGCAAGCCGGGCCGAACAUCGGCAACAUCUCCCAGGCCAGGGGGGCUGCUGCUGUCAUCUGGAAAAUCAUCGACCAGGUGCCCAACAUAGACAGCAGUUCUGAGGAGGGUCUGAAACCGGACUCCAUGAUCGGUGAAGUCAGCUUUCAGGGAGUCCAUUUUGUUUACCCCUCAAGGCCCGAAGUCAAGGUUUUGAAUGGUAUAGACCUAGAGGUCAAGCAAGGCCAGACCGUGGCGUUGGUGGGUAGCAGCGGUUGUGGGAAGAGCACAACCGUCCAACUAAUCCAGCGAUUCUACGACGCCAUAGAGGGAGUGGUGAAAAUUGACGGCAACAAUAUCAAAGAUCUGAACGUGAAGUGGCUUCGCCAGAACACUGGCGUGGUCAGUCAAGAGCCGAUACUUUUCGGAUGCUCCAUCGAGGAGAACAUCCGCUACGGCCGCAUGGACGUCACGAUGGAGGAGAUCAUGACCGCUGCCAAGGAGGCUAAUGCCCACGACUUUAUCAUGGCACUUCCAGAGGCAUAUCAGACCCUGGUUGGCGAGAGAGGGGCCCAGCUCUCUGGAGGCCAGAAGCAGCGCGUGGCCAUCGCGAGGGCGCUAGUCCGCAACCCCAAGAUCCUCCUGCUGGACGAGGCCACCUCGGCCCUGGACACGGAGAGCGAGGGCACUGUCCAAGCCGCGCUGGACAAGGCCCAGAGCGGCCGGACGACUCUGGUCAUCGCCCACCGCCUGUCCACCAUCCGCAACGCCGACAUGAUCUGUGCGUUCAAGGACGGGGUGAUCGUGGAGCGGGGCAGCCACGCACAGCUGAUGGAGAUAGACGGCGGUGUUUACCAGCAGCUGGUCUACAUGCAGGCGCGCAAGGAGGAAAAACCCGAGGAGGCCGACAAAUCGGAAGAGGAUCUGGACGAUGAGGACAAGGAAGAAACAGAGAAGAUCAUAAAAGAAAAGGGCGCUCCGUUGAUGGACGGCACUCAGCAUCCAGGCACCCCGGAGCCGGGAACCCCCCAUGCCAGGACGUCCAGCUUCAAGGGUAUGAAGCGCAUGCACUCCGUCGUGUCCACCCACUCCAAAGAUGGGGAAGAAGAGGAGACUGAGGAGGAAAAGCUGAAGGAUUUCAGCCUCGGUCGCAUCAUGAAGCUCAAUGCACCGGAGUGGUUUUAUAUCGUCAUCGGCAGCAUUGCUGCGGGCAUCAACGGUGCCGUGCAACCCGCCUUCGCUGUGAUUUUCAGUCGCGUGCUGAAGGUGUAUUCCUACGACAAAGUCACUGAAGUGGACCUGAUCAACUCACAGACCACCCUGUUUUGUCUUCUUUUUGCCGGAAUCGGUGUCAUCACGAUGGUGGCUAGUCUGGUCCAGGGAGCAGCACUUGGCAAAUCAGGAGAAGAGCUGACAAUCCGACUGCGACACAUGGCGUUCAAAGCUAUGCUCCGUCAGGAGAUUGGAUGGUUUGAUGACAAGAAGAAUAGCACCGGAGCAUUGACAACAAGACUAGCAACCGAAGCCUCUGAAGUCCAAGGGGCCACCGGUGCCCGCAUCGGAGUCAUGAUGCAGUCGUUGUGCAACAUCGGCGUUGCCAUUAUCAUCGCUUUCAUCUACGGUUGGCAGCUGACCCUGCUGGUUUUGGGCUUCCUGCCGUUCAUCGCCAUCGCUGGCACCGUCGAGUGGAAACUCAUCCAAUCCUCCUCCCAGCAGGACAAGGAAGCUCUGGAGAUUUCAGGAAAGAUUGCUACUGAAGCUAUCGAGAACAUCCGUACCGUGGCUUCCCUGACUCGCGAGGAAACCUUCUACAAGAGUUACUACGAUCUACUUGUGGGACCUUACAAGACCAACAUGAAGCGAGCUCAGGCCAGCGGCCUAGCCUACGGACUCUCCCAGGCAAUCAUCUUCUUCGCCUACGCCGCCGCCUUCAGACUGGGCGGCCAUCUUGUGGCCGACGGAACGAUGCUGUUCGAGAAUGUCUUCCUGGUGUUUUCGGCGAUCAUCUUUGGAGGUUUUGCUCUCGGCGGAGCCACUGCCCUGGCGCCAGACUAUUCCAAGGCCAAGUUUGCCUGCGCCAACAUGUUCCGCCUGAUGGACCGGGAGCCCGCCAUUGACUCGUACAGCACCGAGGGAGAGACUAUGGACAACUACAACCCCGAGGUCCGAUUUGAGGACAUCCGCUUCCGUUACCCAUCUCGCCUCGACGUGCCGGUCCUGCGCGGCCUGACGGUCUCCGUCAAGCCCGGAGAGACCCUCGCUCUGGUCGGAAGCAGCGGCUGCGGGAAGAGCACCUCCAUCCAGAUCCUGGAGAAGUUCUACAACCCCAGGAGUGGCACUGUGCUUUUGGACAAUCACGGCCUGGACACCCUGAACAUCCAGUGGCUGCGUGCCCAGAUUGGCCUGGUCUCCCAGGAACCCAUCCUCUUUGACCGCACCAUCGCCGAGAACAUCGCCUAUGGCGACAACUCCCGGGAGGUGGCCAUGACGGAGGUCAUCGAGGCGGCCAAGAAAUCCAACAUACAUGACUUCAUCGCCUCGCUGCCAGCUGGUUAUGAGACCAAAGUCGGUGAGAAAGGCACCCAGCUGUCCGGCGGCCAAAAGCAGCGCGUGGCCAUCGCGAGGGCGCUAGUCCGCAAUCCCAAGAUCCUCCUGCUGGAUGAGGCCACCUCGGCCCUGGACACAGAGAGCGAAAAGGUGGUGCAAGCGGCUUUGGAUGAAGCCAAGAGGGGACGUACCUGCAUCACCAUUGCCCAUCGGCUGUCCACCAUCCACGACGCCGAGAAAAUCGCUGUCAUCCGACACGGGAAAGUGGCCGAGAUCGGCCGACACGAAGACCUCAUGCAGCUACAGGGCCAGUACUACAGCCUGUACACCAAACAAGAUAUGCAGAAUUAAGCAUUGCAGAAACCUGCACGUACAACUACAGGGUACACCGGCUUCAGCAAUGGACCGUUCCAAAUUGGCCAUUCGUAAUGGACUUUUCCAAAUUGCCCAUUAGUAAUGGACUGUUCCAAAUUGGCCAUUAGUAAUGGACUGUUCCAAAUUGGCCAUUAGUAAUGGACUUUUCCAAAUUGCCCAUUAGUAAUGGACUGUUCCAAAUUGGCCAUUCGUAAUGGACUGUUCCAAAUUAGCCAUUAGUAAUGGACUUUUCCAACUUGCCCAUUAGUAAUGGACUGUUCCAAAUUGGCCAUUUGUAAUGGACUUUUCCAAAUUGGCCAUUAGUAAUGGACUGUUCCAAAUUGGCCAUAAGCCCCGCCCACCUUUAAUUUCUGUUCACUUCUCACAGAGCCUAUGACCAAUUCGAAUGAGCUGCCGCGGUCACAUGACCAAAAGUCACAAUCUAAUUGGCCAAUGCCUAUGCUUGACUGACAGGCAGGAACGGUCCAUUGUCGACUCCGGUGGUGUGGGACACGGCUUUUUUUUUCCCCCUCACCAGAAGCCGAGGGUGACAUGCGUCCUAAGGAGUUUUUUAAAAAAACGUGGCCCACAUCACACUGACAGCAGUCAACAUUUUGUUGCAUCGUAUUAUAUUGUAUUCAUAUAUCACGUCAUAAAGUUUGUAUAUCACUUGUCAAUCUGCACAGUUUAGGUUUUGGGAGGGAAAAACUUUGAACUUGACAUCCAAAUUGUUUGGUUGACCUUCCAUAAAAUGAGGUACGUGUUGAGCAGUUGUUAAUGUAUUCCAUAAAUUCUCAGAUUUAGCUCAUCCUCAAAUUCUAGAUUUACCCAAAAAUGAUUAAAAAUUUGACUAGAAGUGCCUUGUGCUUUGGUGUAUAAAGCCAAGAAAUCAAAGCAAAUGGUUUGUGCAUAAAAAGUGUUAAAUGGGCAUUGUUAGCGGGUAUUUUUUAAAUCAGCUUGACUCGGGGGAAAAACAUUACUAUGAGGAAGCUUUAUUUUUGCUACGAUUUCAGUCCAAACUGUUCUUGAAAAACCAUAUUGGAGAUUUCAAAAAUGUACUCCAUGUGCCACCUCUUGAGGGUGCUGUUUGCCUAGCAACAAGAGUAUUUGGCCUCCCAAAAUUUCACUGGUACUCCGUACAGUUGCUUUGCUUGUUCAUGCACUUAAACAGUUGUAUGCAUGUGAGGUGUGAGGUAACCAACCACUGGCCAGAUUUUUGUACAUGUCUUGUAGAAACGCCUGCUUUUACUGUGUACAAUAUUGUUGUGUUUCAGAUUCACGAAAAAAAAUUUGCACUUGAGCGUUUUUAACAUAUAAUUAUUAACCGAGCUGUUUCUGUAAAUAGUGCAUCGUAAUAGGAUUAGUGUACAUGUUGUAUCAGACUAUUUUUCAAAUUCAAGUAAUUUGAUGUUAAACUGAAUCGUCUUUCUAUUAUUUAGAAACCUCAGAAAUGCAGUGUGUGAAGGAAUAUAUUGAAAAAGAAGUUUUUGAGUUUGUUGUUUUGGUGAUGGUUUUGAAAUGUGUUAUUUCUGAAAACAUCAAAGGGAAAAAUAAUAGUGCUCAUUGGAGCGUGCAAACUGUUUGAAGUUCUUAAUCGGUAAAUUACUUACUCGACACAAACUUUUCAAAAAGCCUUGGGCAACUUGUAACUUUACAUCACUUUAUUGUGUUAAUUGUUUGCAAAAUUUAUUUGUGAUUUAUUGCUUCAAGAAUAAAAAAGAUGACUUUGUUUUAAUGGAAAACUUCCUCAUAAUUUUUUUUGCGAAACAAUUUAUUGUAUAUUGUUUGUAAUUCACUAGGACCAAACAUAACUAAUCAUUUUACUUAAAACUUGCAAGAAUUUUAAAAGUUAGUAAAGUAUUUGCAAUUUGAUUUCAAAAAAAGGAGGGGAAAAAAUUGAGAGUUUAGUUUUCCUUCAAUCUGUUUUGGUGGUUCAGUAAACUCUGUGGUGGCAUCACAAUCAAAACAGGAACAAAUGCAUGUUAAUUUUGUUUAUAAAUGAUAAUUUGUAUUAAUAUUUGGGCUCUUAUCUUUUCGUGAUAUGAAAGUCUUUCAGAAUUAUAAGCCAUUCAUCACAAAUUGUCUUAAGCCAGUUUAAUAACUACUUUGAAACAACGAAAAAAACUAUAAUCCAAUUGUACGGUAGUUCAGUGGGGUGUAUAAAUUUCAGCUGUAUUACUAACAGUUAUCACAUAUUUAUUGUUAUAUUUUAGUCUUUGAUCUGUGUUGUAUAUUGAAUUAAAAAAAAGGCUUUUGUUUGAGUUCAGUGCUAAAACCAAA